ACCCCUCCACGUAUCUAUAUAUUUCCACGUCCCCACCUCUCCCGUCCCACUCCCACCUUCUUGGAGACACCGCCAGGCGCCAGCCAUCUUCCGGCCGCUGCCCCCCCACCGGGAGGUUGAAUUGCCUUCUGGAGUCCUCUCCUGUUUUCAGAGGAAUGUGCAGAUAGCUUUGUGGUGUGUUUCUUAUUUUUCAUUUCUUUUUGUUUUUUAAAUGUGUCAUUUUGGGUUAUUAAGGCAAUUGUAUUAUGUGAAGAGAUGUAAAAGUUUGUUUUGAAGAUUAAUUUUAAUGUUUCGACGCAUCUCACGAUGUGUGAGAAAGAAUAAUCAUUUUGCUUGAUUUUAAUGUUUGGAUGCAUCUCUCAUAUGCCGCUGAAGUUGGUUUAGGAGGCUGCUUGUUAUAAUUAAGCAUAAUUUAAGCAUGCAAGAUCUGUGGUGCUCCUAGUUCUUGUUUGUGAUUGAUUAAAGCAUACUCUGUCGUAGGUUGAAUUGCCUUCUGGAGUCCUCUCCUGUUUUCAGAGGAAUGUGCAUAUAGCUUGGAGUCUGAUGAGUAAUCAGUCAUGCUGAUGCUACAUGAAACUGUUCCUUUUGUGAGGCCUAGUUCUUGCCGGGACCUAAAACUCUCUGAAAAGAGUGCCUCUGCUUUUCAUUGUAAAUUAGGAUGCAGUGCAGUUUGCAGUUCAGCAGAAGGCCAUCAUGUACAGAAGCCACACAUUGUUCACAGCCACAAAGUUAACUUCACUAGAACCAGCCAUCUUCUGUGUAAAAGCUUAAAUAAAAGAACUACAAGGCACUGGCUGCAUCGAUUCCAUGUUAAUGCUUCGCCCGAUGAUGAAUUCCGCUCAUCACGUAACAUAGCGAUCAGUUUAUUCAAGCGAUAUAAGAAAAUUAUUGAUCGAGGAGGAGGUGGAGAAAACCUAAAAGAGUUUGUCAGUGCUGGAGUGACCGCAUAUGCACUAGGGUGUACAGAUGAGGGGCUUAGAAAGGAACUUAUGGAUCUUGAAGAUUCUGGUCUAGAGAUUGAAGGCUUAGGGUCCUUAGGGGGGACCAGCUCGAAGUUCAAAGUCCACUCCUUUGAGAUUCGUGAGUGCAUUAUGUGGCUCAGUAUAGUGUUCAUCACAAUAUUGUGCACACCACAACUAACAGUUACCAGGUGGUCUACUAACCCACCGGUGUCAGCUGACGUCUUGCAUCAGUGGAAAGGAUUUUGUGCUAUAAUCGCAAACGCUUACUAUGUCAAAGGAAUGGCAUGGUUACCAGUGAAAACCUUGCAGCUGGAACAGAUGGCUGUCACAGGAAAUUCAGAGGAACCAUCAGUAGUUGCUAGCCGCAUGCAGUUAGUUUUCAGCACAUUAGAGGUAGUCAGCCCACAGUGGCCAAGAGUGUGAUUAUAUGAAAGCAAUACGAUCAAACAAAGGUCUGCAGUUUUAUUCUGACCAGAAAGAUAUGCAUGUUCAAGUUCAAACCUCUGUCAUGGUGCAACAAAUGAUACUCCCCUAUGUAAAUUUUAACUCAAAUGUCAAAUAAAAAUGUUAGUGUACUUUAUUGUGAAGUAUUUGAUUUGAUAUACAUAUACAACAACUUCUAUGUGCAUCAGGAGUUCUAGUAAGUAAAUAAGUAUUCCCUACUGC